AUGCAAAACCCAGUGUUCGCCAUCGCAGAAGCCAGGCAUGAUGCACUGCUCCAUCAGCUACCCCAUCCGAACACAAGUGGCAACAUCUCCUCGUGGCAAGUCCCUCUUCAGGCCAGACUUGCUACCGUGAAUGCAGUCACGCAUCCUGGUGCUUUCAUUCCUCCUCAUCAUGUGCCGCAGGCAUCGCUUCCUGUACAGCAUGUCGCAACGAUGCCCCAGGGAUUUGUUUAUCCUGUCCAGCAGACGGCUCCAGGCGUGAUGUAUCAUGUCCCUCCGCAAGUCGUGCAGCAUCCUGCUAUGCAUCAAUAUGUUGAAGUUGCGAAGACCGAAGCUUUCCAUGACAUCAUGCAGCAUCAGCUCCACAACCGUCUGGUGACUCAUCAUCCCCACCCCUUCACAACCCAACAGAAAUUAGCCUUGAGGCACGAAGAGCUUACUAUCGGGAUAUCUUCCAUGUUUGAGAUUGACGCUGGAAACUGA